ACACAGGCAGAAGAGCCAGAGUGUGUGAGCUACAGCUCCCACACACACUCACUCAUUCACUCACUCACUCACAUACACUAUACACUAACACACACAUACAUACACACACAUCAACUCUCUCUCUCACUCUCACUCACACACACACACCCCUAAACCCCACCCCACCCCGCGCUACAGGGCCGCUUUAAAGUGGAAUCCGUGGAUGAGCAGACACUCUCCAGCCAUGGAGGAGCUCACGGCGUUUGUGUCCAAGUCCUUCGACCAGAAAACCAAGGAGAGCACUAAGGACGGCAUCACGUACCGGGAGGUGCUGGAGAGCGGCUUGGCCAGAGCCAGGGAGCUGGGAAACUCGGAGAGCAACCUGCAGGACAUUACUGAGGCCACCAACCACUGUCCGGUGCAUCUGUUCAAGGAGCACGUCGAGCUGGAGAAGGAGAAGCUGAAGGAGUUCAGCGCGGCGAGAGCUGCUGAGGGGAUCUAUGAGUGCAAGGAGAAGAAGGAGGAUGUGAAGUCUGAGGAUGAGGACGCACAGGGGAAGCUGAAGCAGAGGAGGAGCAGGACGAACUUCACUCUGGAGCAGCUGAACGAGCUCGAGCGGCUCUUCGACGAGACGCAUUACCCGGACGCCUUCAUGAGGGAAGAGCUGAGCCAGAGGCUGGGGUUGUCCGAGGCCAGAGUCCAGGUUUGGUUUCAGAACAGAAGAGCGAAAUGUCGGAAACAGGAGAAUCAGAUGCACAAAGGGGUGAUCCUGGGCUCAGCCAGCCAUCUGGACGCGUGCAGAGUGGCUCCGUACGUCAAUAUGGGGGCUCUGAGGAUGCCUUUCCAACAGGUUCAGGCCCAGCUACAGUUGGAAGGGGUGACCCACUCACACCCUCACCUGCACCCGCACCUGGCAGCGCACGCCCCGUACCUGAUGUUCCCUCCUCCGCCCUUCGGACUGCCCAUUGCCUCGCUGGCGGACUCGGCCUCAGCUGCAGCCGCUGUGGCGGCGGCGGCCAAGAGCAACAGCAAGAACUCCAGCAUCGCCGACCUACGACUCAAGGCAGGACUGCUUGGAGGCCACUGGCUCAGCCCUUUCCAGGCACAGAUCACAGCCCCAGGACCGUACAAAAAUGUCUGGAUGUCUGUCUGAAAACCAGCGGUUAGUGGCGGAGACUCUUAGCAAAAAAACAAAACAAAAAAAGUGAAAAGAAAAAAAAAAAGAAAGAGCUAAAGGCAGACUCAGUGUGGCUAGUGGCUCUCAGAGUGGCUCUCAGGCACUCUAAAAGUUUCGGACUCUCGACCUCAGCGAGAAACGAGCACCGGGCCGCGCUCGCCUCCGACCACUGUGUUGGUUUUGUUUUGUGGGCCGCUGCCGCAGAGUGCAUGUGUUCAGACGGAAGGAUAGCUCUGCUGGGGCUGGCCUCCAUUGUAACUGACAUUCACCCAACUUUGUUGAUCACUGCCAUGACAGCCUCCCACUAUAAUCCGCACCUAGACUCGAUAUGUAGUUUUUGAUUUUGAUUUUGUUUCUUUCUUAUUUUCUUUCUUCCACCAUGGACACCGAUGGGAAGCAGCGCUCACUCCAAGGGUACAGUCAUCAGUUUUCAGAGAAAUUCACCUGCUCAUUACUUGUUUUAGUUUUUUUUGGAGGAAAUGCUCUGUUGCUGUAUAUUUCCUCCUGGGCGUGAGUCAGACGGACUUUCAUAACUUUUAUUUGCAUCAUUUCUGCUUGUAUUUUUUUUGUUGGUCUUUUGUGACGUGUCCUGGGAUUAGAAGUGAAACUAGCUUUUGCACUUCAGGUCUUGCAUCAAGGUGUUUACAAUCCUUCCUGCAAGAAAAUACUACUUCUAUAUAAGGGGGUGGAAAAUAUGGACUUAAUUGGGGUCUCAUCUUUAAAAAUAAUGCAUUGAUAAUAAUGACAUUUUUUUUCAAAAGGGUUAACUGCAAUUUUGUAAUUUAAAGUGUUACAGAAACAUCAGUUUAACUGAAAUGCAACUAUGUGCAGUUAAGUGCAAUACUGUAAAUAUGAAAAAUAAAAAAAACAAAUAGCAGUUGAUGUUUGCUAAUCAACAAACAUUUUUUUUUCUUCUGGCACUGAUAUCAAUGUGUUCUGAGUUUCUUUCUUUUCAUCCCCACAGAUACAUUUGUUUCUGGGCUGUGUAAAUGAGAAGUUGCUGACUCAUGACUCUCUGCAGAGAUGUGUGUACUCACACAGGGUUUGAGGCAUCAGUGUAACACAGAGAUAGAGGAAGCAAAAUAAUUAAUAUCUGUACAAAAUAAAUCUGUACAAAAAUACAAUACAAAAAUGACAGCUGCUUUCUGGCUGCACUGCACUGUCCACCAAAGACUCAAAGACCACCCUUAAGAACAGUGUGUUUAAUAACCACAGCAUGAGUUAAAUAUCUGAAGCUUCUGAAUCAUUUACAUUAUCUGACCGUUAAACAUAGUCAUGUUUUUUUUUAACUCACACUGAAACAAAAACAGGCUAUUAACCUUUAUAUUGGUAUAAAUUGGUUAGAAUUUGACCUGAUUUUGGUUUGUUUGAAAGGCUGUUGUUUGUAACAGAUUGCUGUCAGUUUCAGUAUGAAUUGCCUUUGAACUAGUAGAUCCUAGUUAGGUCUACCUCUACAAUAAAUGCUACAUUGUGGGAUGCUUUUCUGUUUUGUUGGUUUUGUUGCUUUUAUGGUUUUGUUUUAUGGUUUGGUUUUAUUUAAAGUUUUUUUUUUUGGUUGUUGUUCACUACCAUUAGGGUUUUUUUUUUAGGAAUUUUUCAGUUUGUUUAAUUGAGGUCAUAGGUGUUUUUAUUUAUUAUUUUAUCGGAAAGUUUAUUAUUAAAUGUUAAAUGGUCUGAUUUCACGUGUACAUUUUUACAUGUUUUGGCAUUUAUUUUUCUAUACUUUUUUCAAUGCUAACAUUUGCAACCGUUUGAAGUGAAACGUGUGACUGCAGAACAUUAUGUUUGACUAAAAAUGUAGCGUGUCCGAGUUUACAAACAUUUCAGGGACGGUGGAUAAAAAUCAUACAACCUUUGUGUUGAGAUUUUCUUGAUGCUCCAUGGAAUUUGUUGUAUCCCAUUAUAAAUUGACAUUUCAUACACAAGCAUGCCCAAACAUGAUUCGCCACUGAGUUUGUAAGUUUUAUUUUCCUUCUGUUGUUUCACAAAAAAAAAGAAUGUACAUCUUGUACGAGUAAACUAUCAAUAAAGUUAUAAAUAUUUGUAA